GAUAUAUAUAUAGUAAUUCUCGCGGGAUGUAUUUUAAAACGUGGGCGCUCUUUACGGAUCGUGUUAUUGCGCGUCGUAAAUUCUUCCAAUUUAAGAGAGCGAAAUUGUGCCAAUUCGAGCGAUCUGUGUGCCAAAGGAAUCACCGGGAACCCAAGAGAGAACGCAUUUCAAGAUGGAUACGAGGUCUCCAAGGCCUCCGUUUUAAGAUGCAUUCUGUAAUUGAUAACGAUACUAAUACUAAGAGAACAAUGAAAGAAAGGAGCAAGAGAGCAAAAUACGAGGAUCACAAUUAUGAUAAUUGGAGUAUAAACAACGACGAUAAUAACGAUUAUGUGCGUGACGAAAACUAGACGUUAGACUAUCAUCACACGAGACGCGUGAUGUUCAUUUCCUUGUGGAGAUCUUCGAGGGACUGUUC